AUGACAACAACGAUUGAUGUAUUAGUGAACAAUCGUCAAAGAUCAUCUUCGGAAAUGCCAUUGGAUCGACUAAAGCAUUUCUUACUCAAUGCAAAAAGCCAACGAUGGAUGAUUUGUGAAUGGUUCUAUUCAGAUAUCGAUCGGUGUUUGUUAACAAAUGAAAAUGAGUUUGAACAUUGUGUGGAACACUUUUUUCCUGAACUAGCCAAUAAAAAACCACUUCGACUUACUCGUCAACAAUGGAAUUUAAUUCGACGUCGAUUUGGCAAACCUCGACGAUUAUCAAGUGCGUAUCUUGAAAAUGAAAGAAUCAAAUUGGUUAAACAACGAAAUUUACUACGAAUCGCUCAAAAUGAAACAAAAACGCAUUAUCAAUCGGAAAAAAUCUUCUUGAAUACCCUUCCGUCAUUCAUUAUUCCGCCAUUGCAAUCCGGUGCACGUGUUAUUGUUCGAUUAUUUCGUUCAUGUCAAUUUGGUUUGUAUCGUGGACAAUUUCUUUCGCGAAAUGAAGCAAAUCCUCAACAAUAUCAAAUUCUCUUCGAUGAUUCAAAUAUUGGUUUAUUGAAUGUCAAUGAUUAUGAUGUUAUGUCUGAACAACCACUUGAACAUCUUGUCCUUGCUGAAAAAUUGAAAUUAAUUCAAUUUGCUCGCAAAGAUAAAAAUUAUUUGGUUAGUGAUAACGACGAAGAUGACUUACAAACGACAGACGAUGAAGAAAUUGUACCAAAAGCUGAUGUUAUUACUAAAAUACCUGACCGGUUGUUGUAUCUUGUCAUUCGAGUGUCAAGAAUACUUUGUGCAAAACGUGAUUCGAUUGAGAAUCUUCGAAAAAUGAACGAUCAAGCUGAAUUCGAAAUAAGUCGCCAUAUUCCACUAAGUGAUACAUUCCGACGUGAUUAUGCGCAUUUAAUUCAAUGGUUAGCGAAACUAAACGAAUAUUUAGCGAAAUUUAUCGAGGAAAUCAAUACAAUUUGUCGACAAAUCGUCACUGAUGAACAAUUACUCGUUGUAUUUAACGACACAAAAUUUGUUUGUGAUCGUUCACAACGUUUAGCAAAAGAAUUGAUCAGUAAACUCAACGUUCCUCCUGUGGUUCUUAACCAAGAAACACUUGAAUUGAUUACAAAACUUGUCGCACUCGUCGUACAAAUGAAAGAGUUUUCUGAAAGUGAAGGCACGUUCUUAGAAUUACACGCACUGGAUGAAGCGAAUGAGAAUUUCAAGAAAUCGAUUCAUCCGUCGCUUUUAUCGACUUAUAAACAAUGUGUCGAAGUUAGCGUAACACAAUUUAAAUCAGGUUUAAAUAAUCGACCGGGUCUCGGUUUCCUACAAUCAUUUCUUCAAACUCGACCAGAAUUAAACGAACAACAACAAAAUAAUAAUUCUUCUCUUAAUCAAACUUUCUUUAGUGUCUAA